AAAAAUGAUAUAGAAAUCCCUAAUUUUUUUUUCCCUCUACCCCGGCUGUCCCUAUCCCCUCCCUCGCCGGCGGCGCAGCAGAUCGCGACUGCACCAUAGUGGAUGAUCACCUCCGGCGAACCCUAGCACCGCCGUUACUUUCCUCGUCGAGGUUUGUCAUCCUCUGCCGUCUCCGGCGAUUCUCCGGUGUCGCCCCAAGCCUCCUCCUUUUUUCUCCUCGGGCGGUCGCUUCACGCCUCCGGCGAAGUCGUGGGCGCGGGGUGCUUCCGGCGCCCAUGGUGAAUAUCGACGAGUGCUCACUGGCGCUCGCGCCUGAGCUCGAGCACGCGCCGGCGAACCCGGACCCCUCCUCUAUCUCUCCGGACGCAUGGGAGCCCUUCGAGGCCGCCGCGCUUGGUGUCAUGGGCCGGAUCCAGCCGACCGUCCUCUCCGAGGCGCGCCGUGCUGCCGUCGUGGACUACAUCCAGCGCCUCGUCAGGUGCUCCGUCGGCUGCGAGGUCUUUCCAUUUGGGUCUGUUCCAUUGAAAACAUAUCUUCCUGAUGGAGAUAUUGACUUGGCUGCAUUCGGUUCUGCAUGUUCUGAUGAAAGCCUAGCAAAUGAGGUACGUGCUGUUCUAGAAUCAGAAGAGCGCAGGAAAGAUGCAGAAUUUGAAGUCAAAGAUGUCCAGUAUAUAAAUGCUGAGGUCAAGCUAGUCAAAUGCUUUGUCCAAAAUAUUGUUGUCGACAUCUCAUUUCAUCAGAUUGGUGGGCUCCGUACACUUUGUUUUCUAGAGCAGAUUGAUCAAAGAUUUGAAAAAGACCACCUUUUCAAGCGAAGUAUAAUGCUGAUAAAAGCCUGGUGUUAUUAUGAAAGCCGCAUCCUUGGUGCCCACCAUGGUUUAAUUUCUACCUAUGCCUUGGAGACAUUAGUGCUAUAUAUCUUUCAUCUCUUCCAUGAGUCCUUGGAUGGUCCAUUAGCUGUUCUCUAUAGGUUUCUGGACUAUUAUAGCAAGUUUGACUGGGACAACAAGGGUAUAAGCUUAUAUGGUCCUAUUUCACUGUCUUCUCUACCUGAGCUAGUUACCAACUCACCAGGCGCUCAUGAUGAUUGUUUUCUUGAGCGGGAGGAGAUUCUGAAACAAUGUGCAGGCAAUUUUACUGUCCCUCCCAGCCACUAUGAGAAAAAUACACGACCGUUUUCUCGAAAGUUUCUUAACAUAGUGGAUCCAUUGAAGCAGAGUAACAAUCUUGGACGCAGUGUCAGCAAAGGUAACUUUUACCGGAUACGCAGUGCUUUUGAUCUUGGAGCCCGAAAGCUUGGGAAGAUUCUUCAAGCACCUGUCAAUUCUGUUGUGGAUGAAGUGAAUCAGUUCUUCGCGAGCACAUUGAAGAGAAACCAUAGCAGGGUACGGCCAGAUGUUCAGGAUACUGCAGGGAACUUAAACAUUGAAAGAGACAACAAUGCUUGUUCAACUUUAUACAGUAGUUCCUUCGGUGAUCUAUCUGACCAAUUCAAUAGCAUCAGUAUUUCAGAUUCCAGUAAUCACGAGUCUGUGAAGCAAGAGGAACAUAACUCUGAGGCUGAGUACCAGGAGAAAUCAGUUAUGAAUGGGAUGUCAACAAAGGGGUACAAAGAGGUGGAUGGUGAUGGAGGUACAACCAUUGAGGAUAUAUCAGAUCUCACAGGGGAUUACAGAACAAAUUUCAAUAAUCUUCUCUAUUCACAGAGUUGCCACCAAGAUUAUCCAGUUCAUCAAGUUUACUAUCCAUUUCUUCCCGGACCACCUGUACAUUAUCAGAACAAACAGUCACUGAAUGGUCAUAACAGAAAAAACCCUUAUGGAUAUGCCAGUAGAAAUGGAAUAAUCCCUGGUCCUUAUCCACAUGGCUAUUAUGUUGUAAAGCCAUUUUAUCAAACUGAUGUUCCUAUGCAAGCUCAUGAAGCAGUCCCCUACUUUCCCAACCCGAAUUUGUGCAUGGAGGCACCACCCACUGGGCGAGGGGAGAGAAGAAAGAAUUAUUACCCUCGGAAUAACCAUCAAAAGUAUCACCGCUAUGGCAGAGGGCACAUGCCUGCAGAUAUGAAUCAUUCUGAAGAACUGAGGCAACAGCCACCAGUUUAUGUUCCUGUCGCAGAUGAUCAUGGUAUUCCUUCAUCCCAUGCUCCACGGGAUAAUAUUCAUGGCAGUGGUUUUGUUCAACGGCCAGAUAGUAAACUUGAGUUUGGGACUUUGGGGGCAUUGCCUUUGGAAGUUAGAAGUGCCUCCCAAGAUCAAGCUAACAGGACAAAUUCUGCUGCUGACAGUAAACCUUCUGCACCAAUGAGCUCUAGAUCUCCUGCACAUAAUCCUGGAGCGGGUUAUAGAUCUAUUAGAACGAGCAAUGACUAUUGAGGCACACCACAAUUAGUAGUUUGUUAACAGAAAUUAAGGGAUACUAAACCAUAUCAUCUCAAGGACAAUGGUGAUUUCCCACCACUAUCCAGUUGACUCCAUAUAUGGUUUAUUUCAUAGCAGAGACAAGGCAGGCCCAGGGAAGGAUAAUUUUUUUUUCUUUGCGAUUCAACCAAAAGAUAGUGAUACGUGGCGCACAGUCGGUGCAGCCACAGCAGAGGGUUACUCUUCAAAUCAACCAUCGUCAUGUACAUCCUAACUUGUUCUCCAGUCAUCAGAUUCACCUUGUCGCUCUGAAGAGAAGGAAUUUUUGUUCCAUGUAGAAUUGUAGAUACUUCGUCGCAGGAAGUAUUUCCUUUCGUUUCUUGUAAGAUUUGGUGGUCCCCUUUGUAGGGGAACAGGCAUCGCAAAAAUGGAUAGGAAAAGGAGAGAAAAAGAGAUAGUUUAGCUAUGCGGUUCUGACCUCAUGAGCAUUCAAGAAUUGCUCGGGAGCUCUUGUAGUGUUAAAUCAGUUUGGGUCUUGAGUUGAAACUGGAAGACCCUUUGUCCGAAGUAACAUUAGCUGCUUGAUAAAAAAGAUAUGUGUGUGUAUGAGCUGUUAGAAUUAACAGUUUGCCUCAUAUGAAAGAAAUUUUGGUUCUAUUU